ACCGAGGGCUGCGAUAAAUCUCAACAUUUUACAACGAACUAAACUAUUCUAACUUGCUAUUAAUUAUAUCCAUCCGAGUGAAAUUGAAGCUUUUUGUCGAGAUCCAAUCAAGUCUGAGAUCGCCAACCGACUGACUGAAAGAAAAUGGGGUAUGGACGGUCGGACAGCUACCGGGUGGCCACCACGCAGGACAAGGAUGACAAGGAGUCGCCCAAGAAGAAGGGAGGCAAGGAUCUGGAUGACCUGAAGAAAGAAGUCCCCAUCACGGAACACAAAAUGUCUGUUGAGGAGGUUUGCCGGAAAUACAACACUGAUAUCGUACAGGGUUUGACCAAUGCCAGGGCAGCAGAGUACCUGGCCAGGGAUGGACCAAACGCCCUGACUCCACCCCCUACCACCCCAGAGUGGGUCAAGUUCUGUCGUCAGCUGUUUGGUGGCUUCUCCAUCCUGCUGUGGAUCGGCGCCAUCCUCUGCUUCCUGGCCUACGCCAUCCAGGCUGCCACAGAGGAUGAGCCUGCUGGGGAUAAUUUAUACCUGGGUAUCGUGCUGUCAGCUGUCGUCAUCAUCACCGGCUGCUUCUCCUACUUUCAGGAAGCUAAGAGCUCCAAGAUCAUGGAGUCCUUUAAGAACAUGGUCCCUCAGCAAGCAUUGGUGAUCCGAGAGGGAGAGAAGAUGCAGAUCAAUGCUGAGCAGGUGGUGGCAGGAGACCUGGUGGAGGUGAAAGGAGGAGACAGGAUCCCUGCCGACCUCCGCAUCAUCUCCUCUCAUGGCUGCAAGGUUGACAACUCAUCCCUGACUGGAGAAUCUGAGCCCCAGACCAGGUCUCCUGACUGCACUCAUGACAACCCACUGGAAACCCGCAACAUCACCUUCUUCUCAACCAACUGUGUCGAAGGAACUGCACGUGGGAUUGUUGUGUGCACCGGUGACCGUACAGUCAUGGGUCGCAUUGCCACGCUUACCUCAGGCCUGGAGACUGGCAAGACCCCCAUUGCUAAGGAGAUUGAGCACUUCAUCCAAAUCAUCACAGGCGUGGCUGUCUUUCUUGGAGUGAGCUUCUUCAUCCUCUCCAUCAUCCUGGGUUACUCCUGGCUGGAGGCUGUGAUCUUCCUCAUUGGCAUCAUCGUAGCCAACGUGCCUGAGGGUCUGCUGGCUACAGUCACUGUGUGUUUGACUCUGACUGCCAAGCGAAUGGCUCGUAAGAAUUGUUUGGUCAAGAACCUGGAGGCUGUAGAAACUCUGGGUUCCACCUCCACUAUCUGCUCCGACAAGACCGGCACCCUGACCCAGAACAGGAUGACCGUCGCCCACAUGUGGUUCGACAAUCAGAUCCAUGAGGCCGACACAACCGAGGACCAGUCUGGUUGCUCCUUUGACAAAAGUUCAACUACGUGGGUGUCUUUGGCUCGCAUUGCUGCACUGUGCAACCGUGCUGUGUUCAAGGCCGGUCAGGAAUCUCUGCCCAUCCUCAAACGGGAUGUCGCCGGCGACGCCUCAGAGUCCGCUCUGCUCAAGUGCAUCGAGUUGUCCUGCGGCCCCGUCAAAGCCAUCAGGGACAAGAACAAGAAGGUGGCUGAGAUCCCGUUCAACUCCACCAACAAGUAUCAGCUCUCAAUCCAUGAAACUGAGGAAGAAACUGACAACCGUUACCUGCUGGUGAUGAAGGGAGCCCCUGAGAGGAUCCUGGACCGCUGCUCCACCAUCAUGAUCCAGGGCAAAGAGCAGCCCAUGGACGACGAGAUGAAGGAAUCUUUCCAGAACGCCUACCUGGAACUGGGAGGACUGGGAGAGAGAGUGCUGGGUUUCUGCCACCUGUUUAUGCCAGAGGACAAGUACCCCAAAGGUUUUGCCUUUGAUACAGAUGAUGUCAACUUCCAGACUGAAAACCUGUGCUUUGUGGGCCUCAUGUCCAUGAUCGAUCCUCCUCGCGCAGCCGUGCCUGACGCUGUGGGAAAAUGCCGCUCAGCUGGCAUCAAGGUCAUUAUGGUGACAGGUGACCAUCCAAUCACAGCCAAGGCCAUUGCUAAGGGUGUCGGCAUCAUUUCAGAGGGAAAUGAAACUGUGGAAGACAUCGCUGCUCGUCUGAACAUCCCUGUGAGCCAAGUUAACCCCAGGGAUGCUAAGGCCUGCGUCAUCCACGGCACAGAUCUUAAAGAUCUGAGUCAGGACCAAAUCGAUGACAUUUUGAGGAACCACACAGAGAUCGUCUUUGCUAGAACCUCCCCACAGCAGAAACUCAUCAUUGUAGAAGGCUGCCAGCGACAGGGAGCCAUAGUGGCUGUAACGGGGGAUGGCGUGAACGAUUCUCCUGCCCUGAAGAAGGCCGACAUCGGCGUUGCUAUGGGGAUUUCAGGCUCUGACGUUUCCAAGCAAGCAGCGGACAUGAUUCUGCUGGACGACAACUUUGCCUCCAUUGUCACUGGAGUGGAAGAAGGACGCCUGAUUUUUGACAACCUGAAGAAGUCCAUCGCCUACACUCUGACCAGCAACAUCCCAGAGAUCACGCCAUUCCUGUUCUUCAUCCUGGUUAACAUCCCACUGCCCCUGGGUACCAUCACCAUCCUCUGCAUUGACCUGGGAACCGACAUGGUUCCUGCCAUCUCUCUCGCCUAUGAAGCAGCAGAAAGUGACAUCAUGAAGCGCCAGCCAAGGAACCCACUGAGGGACAAACUGGUCAAUGAGAGACUCAUCAGUAUCGCCUAUGGACAGAUCGGCAUGAUCCAAGCUCUCGGAGGCUUCUUUGCUUAUUUCGUCAUCAUGGCUGAAAACGGUUUCCUGCCAUCUCUGCUGGUUGGUAUCCGACUGAACUGGGACGAUCGCUCCAACAACGACCUUGAGGACAGCUAUGGACAGCAAUGGACCUAUGAGCAGCGUAAGAUAGUAGAGUUCACGUGCCACACAGCUUUCUUUGUCAGCAUCGUGGUGGUGCAGUGGGCCGACGUCAUUAUCUGCAAGACUAGACGCAACUCUGUGUUCCAGCAGGGAAUGAAGAACAAGAUUCUAAUAUUUGGCCUGUUUGAGGAAACUGCUCUGGCUGCUUUCCUGUCCUACUGCCCAGGGAUGGACGUGGCGUUACGGAUGUACCCACUAAAGCCCAGCUGGUGGUUCUGUGCGUUCCCGUACAGUUUCCUCAUCUUUGUUUACGAUGAGAUCCGAAAACUCAUCCUUCGCCGAAACCCUGGAGGCUGGGUGGAAAAAGAGACUUACUAUUAAAUCAAAGCAUCAUUUUCUGACUCCAUCCUUCCCUGAAUCAUCCCUCCCUCCUUCCCCCUCUUUCCUCCUUCAGAUCAUCUGUCUCUCAUUUUGUUCUGUCCCAAAAAAAACAAGAAAAUGUUUACUCUGCUCAUCUCCUCUCCAUUCCUUAAUCUUCAUUUCUACACUAACUAAAGCCACAACUGCCAAGGCAACUAGAGGACCAACAUCAGAAGGGGUGAGGAUGGGGGAGGAGCGGCCUUGUACAAGCUCCCCCAUCCUCUCUGCCCCUUUUGCCCAUUUUUCUAUCUAAAGUCUGUCCAGCUCUUACCUGCCAGAAACACUGCCGAUGUUAUUCCUCCACCGCUGGCUGCUGCCGCUCAGCGCUAGCGCGCUCCAAUUUCACCGCCGUCAGGAGCGCCACAAACAUCCGAUUCCAAGAGCAAACCGGACUGUUCUCCAGAAACCACGGUGCUUCCCGUCUUGGCAUCCGGAGCGAGCGGAUGUUGCUUUUUUAUUUCCCGGAUCCAGUUCCGUAAUCACUGCCGUUCCUCCCUCCUUCUCUUCACUCAGUGCCAGAACUCCGCAGCCGUCCUCCUCUUCCUCAUCCUCUGUAAAACAACCAGUCCCACCAGUAAUCUAAGCGCUCGUUCCCACCCCCAGUAGGAUGGAAUUAAAGGUGCAACUUAUUCCCUCCCUGCCCCCUCCCGUCCCUGUUUUUUUUCUGUUUAAUGUUUUCUAAUAGACGACUGCAUAUUUUUUAAAUUUUUUGCUUUGUUUCUUCUUUUUUUUUUUAAGUUAGUGGGUCUGAGAGCUGCUUGUUUUCAUUCAGACAUGACAAAGCACACCUUCCCUCCUGCACCCCUAUCAACCCCCCCUCCUCCCCCUGCCUGUCGAUCUGUCCCAGUUGUCUGUCUGUGAACACCGUGGAAUCCCUCCACCCUCCUGUAACUCCUGUUCAGAUUUCACUGCUGUUCUGCAACCUGCCUCCUCUCCCUCACCUGAGCUCCGUCCCUCUUUAAAAGAAUAAAGUUAGCCAUCUCUCUGUGUUCUAGAAAAAGAGAUUUCUCUCCAGUUUCAUUCUUUAGACCUGUGAAAACACUUGGAAUAAGGCCUUGUACCUUAGCUCCUGAAACAGCAGCAGACAUAAAAAUAAGGAAGAAAAAUGAAAUAAAAAAGAAGGAUCUCUCUUUUUCAGCUUGGUCUCCAGUUUGUUUUUGUGUGGAGUUAUGUCAGAAAAUGGAAAUA